AUGGCCGCAUCGUCCACAACGAUCCCACUUCAGAAAAAGCAGGACCCGUCGCCGACGGCAUAUGAACAGGGGUUUCGUACGGAGAAAGGGUCCAAGACAUGGGAGACCAACAAGUGGAGGUCACCUCGCUCCGCCAUGUGGACUCUCAUCUUGUUGGCCGUCGUCGCUGCGUGCGCUGUCCAGAUGGUCUGGUGCCGGCGUUCUUGGAACGUGAAAGGACAAGGUCUUGGUCUUGCACUGGCCAAGCUGCUAGCCCAGCGUGGCGCGCAUGUCGUGAUCUGCAGUCGCUCUGAGGCCAAGCUCAAGACGGCCUUGGCAGACGUAGAGGUACGCAUUUCAAGACUCAGACAGAAAUGCCGCUCUUUCGAAGAGCAACAACUCGACUAUGUGGUCGGCGACGUGUCGACAUUCGAUGGGGCUGCCAAGGCAGUGGCUCAGUGCCCCUUCGUGGCCUCCGCCGUGUUUUGUUGUGCGGGUGGCGCCAAGCCUGGAUUUUUUUUGGAUCAGAAUGAGGCCGACUUUCAACAGGGUAUGAAGCUGGAUUACUGGACGGCACUCGCCACCGCGCAUGUACGUACCUUGAUCCUGACACAGGCUGCUGCAGCUUCGAUGAAGCAGCAUGGUGUGCACGGAAAGAUUGUGUUCGUGAGCAGCGUUCUCGGGUUUAUGGGUAUGGUUGGCUAUGCGCAAUACUCGCCCAUGAAAUAUGCGAUCCGUGGUACCUACUUUCCUGCCACGAUCCUGUCGCCGGGCUUUGAGGAGGAAAACAAGACGAAGCCCUCUCUUACGAAAGAGAUUGAGGGCACCGACGAAGGCCAGACUCCCGAGCAAUGUGCCGCGCAUUUACUGCGAGGCAUCGAACAGAACUACUUUAAUGUGACUGACUGCCUCAUUGGAUCGUUUAUGCGCAUCGCCUCGGGCGGAUGUGCGCCUGGCCAAGGCUGGCUUGCUGACUCGCUCCUUUUGCUGCCAGCGCGCGUACGUAUCUAA